CCCAGGCUCGUCGUGUUCUGUCGGUGCCCGUCGCGUGGGUGAGAGAGGGAGGCAUGGUACGGUUGGGGAAGAGGUAUCUGAGGACAGAGUAUCAGGGUGCCAGCGAUGACCAGAUCGUCUACACCAUAGCGCGCUCCAAAGGAAGCCCCAAAUAUGGUAAAGUGGUGUUGGUGCCCAUGCCAGCCGACGGCCCGGUGGAAGGCUGGCAGCCCUCGCCCGAUGACAGGAGCUCUACCCCAACCUCCUCCUUCACUCAGCAGGAUGUGAAUGAGGGCACUGUGUGGUACAAACACUUUGGCGCUGCCGGGUCCAGUGGGCCUCAAGGAGACACCUUACAGUUCCAGGUGACCAGUGAGGGUUCUCCAGACACGCUGAGUGAUGCUCAGACCCUCACUAUCGGAGUGAUGCCUGAACUCCCAGGGUUCCCCCAGCUAGCACCUGCCUGUGACCUGCACAUGACUGCUCUGGAAGAUCGUGUGACCGUGCUAACACCCACAGAUUUGUCCUUUGUGGACUCUGCGACUCCCAGUGAAAAGCUGGUCUACAACAUCACCAGGCCCCUACCUCAGGAACAAGGUUCCGUGGAACAUCGUGACAGACCCUACAACUCAGUGUCCUUCUUCACCCAAGCUGACAUCAACCAGGGCCGGAUCCAGUACCGCCCUCCGCAGGCCCCCUCUCACCUCCAGGAGCUCUACCAAUACUCCUUCACUGGUGAGUAA